AUGGGCACAGAGGUUUUGAGACCACAAGAUUGUUUAGGAGAUAGGUUCCGGGUGUCUCCGGCAGCGUUUCAUCGCCGGAAAAACACGAAACACGGCGAAGCUAGUUACUGGAAGCCGGUUUACAGAUCUGAAAGGUCGGAUCAGAAUCAGAAGAAGAAAUUCAACAACCAACAUGAGAAUUCCAUAUCCAAGAGAUCAUCAAGCGCCGAUGCGUUGAAACCCAGGAAUAACAACAGGCCUGUUAUGGGGCAGGUAACCAUUUUGAGAAGAGGGGAAUCAUUGGAUUCUCUUUAUCCGAAAAUUAACAACAGUAACAAAAAAUUGGGUUCUACAAAGCAGAGUCCAGUUGACGAUAUGGUGGUUUGUGGGACCGGAAGAAUUGGUCCUGAAACCCCAGAAAAGGUGCCGAAACAGAUCCGGAUGGUGGCGCAGCCGGCGGCGGCCGGAAGGGGUGGUGCGGAUAUUUACGCCGGAUCGGCUUUUUCCAUGUCUCCUUCUCCUAGAUCUUUGCCUGUGCCUUCUUUCUUCAACAACAAGAGACAAGAUUGUGCACGCAAAGUGUUUGACGAUUCGGCUACAAGAGAUUUGAGGCGAUUGCUUCGUCUUGAAUGA